AUGGCCAACGAAAAGCCCAAGGAAGGAGUCAAGGCUGAGAACCACGAUCAUAUUAAUUUGACAGUGGCAGGGCAGGAUGGUUCUGUGAUGCAGUUUAAGAUUAAGAGGCAUACACCAAUCAGUAAACUACUGAAAGCCUAUUGUGAACGACAGGGAUGGUCAAUGAGGCAGAUUAGAUUACAAUUCGAUGGGCAACCAAUCAAUGAAACAGACACACCUGCACAGCUGGAAAUGGAGGCUGAAGAUACAAUUGAUGUGUUCCAACAGCAGACGGGAGAUGUCUACUGAAAAGGGAACCUGCUUCUUUUCUCCAGAACUCUGUUCUUUAAAGACCAAGAUUACGUUCUCAAUUAGAAAACUGCAAUUUGGUUC